UUAUUUAAUUUGCUUAUGGCCAACAAAUCUCAUUUCCUCCUCCUUUUCCACUUAUCUCUUCGGCGUGGCCUUCCAUGAACGUCGUCGUGAGUGGACUACAUGCCGGGCGCAAAAAUGAGAAAGAAAUCUAAUACUCCAAGGAGAUUAAACCCCUUACCUCAACAGCAUUCAAUGCCUAAUUCCUCUCCUUUUCUUCUCCAUUAUAGAAAGAUCUCUCUCCUUGUAGUAUUUGUCCUAGUUGUUUGUUUCAUACUUUUGUUGAACAAGUCGUUGCGAAAAGAAUCUGAUUUUCGAUCCGAUGUUCCGUCCAAUCAGCUUUACACUGUCGAAGUCGUUAAUGAGUUCCCUCACGAUCCUGAAGCGUUCACACAGGGACUACUGUAUGCAGAUAAUGACACCCUAUUUGAGUCUACUGGGAUGAAUGGGGCUUCAUCUGUUCGUAAAGUCACUCUGCAGACUGGCAAGGUUAAGGCUAUUCAGAGAAUGCCGUACUCUGACUUUGGGGAGGGCUUAACUCUUCUUGGUGAUAGGCUGAUUCAAGUAACUUGGCAGCAGAGUACGGGUUACAUAUAUGAUCGGCAUAAUCUGAGCAAAUUUAAGAAGUUUCACCAUGGUAUGCCCGAUGGUUGGGGAUUGGCAACUGAUGGGAAACUCCUUUUUGGAAGUGAUGGAUCUUCUACACUGUAUCAUAUUGAUCCUCAAACUAUGAAAGUAGUUAAAAAACAAACCGUAAGUUAUCAAGGUGAUGAAGUACACAGACUCAAUGAACUAGAGCAUGUCUAUGACGAAGUUUGGGCAAAUGUUUGGAUGACUGACUGUAUAGCUAGAAUAUCACACAGAGAUGGUUCAGUUCUUGGCUGGAUUCUCCUAAACAAUUUGAGAGAAGGAUUGCUACACAAUCUGAAGAAGAAAAUUGAUGUCCUGAAUGGCAUAGCAUGGGAUAGGGAUGGUGACCGUCUUUUUGUCACAGGCAAAUGGUGGCCGAAGCUUUAUGAGAUUAAGUUGCACCCCUUGAAGACACCAUUCAACGGAGACAUCAAGCAGAUGUGCAUGCCCCCAGCAUUUCCAUUUUCAUGAUCCUUGCAGGGGAUUUUCUUUUGCAAAUUCUAAAUUAUUCUGUUAGUACAAUUUUUGGGUCUAGAUAGAUCUGGAGAGAGAACCACAUGCAGAUUCUGGGGAUGUACUUCUACACACAGAUUUUUGUAUAUGUACUUCCUUUCUGUAGGUUCUUUUACCUAGGUUCAUGCCCAGAAAAGAAGAAAAUUGUAGAUAAGACUCAAUUAUUAUGAUCUCAAGUAGAAACCAAAUAUGACAGUUUAUAGCUGGCUACUGUUCUACUUUUCGAAAACAUAAUUAAAGGCAAAAUGGCUUGAUGGACCUUUGUACUA